AUGUCCGGUUGUGCAGGGUGGAGUCACCACCCUGUAUCAGUGCACCACUACCAUUUCAUCAUUCCGCUUGUGGCUGACGUGGACGAGAACAACAGCCAGGGCAUCGGCAAAGGCCGCAAGCUCUGCCCCAACUGCAGCGCUGUCAUCGCCUCCAACGCCAAGCGGUGCACUGCAUGUGGGCAUGAUGCAGUGCGAGGGACCUUACUGGAGUCUCAGACGCACCUGCUGCAUGGAGUGAUCCACACCAACGGAUUUGGCCACCUCCUACGAAUCAACGGCCGAGAGCGCGGCUCACGCCUUGUCACUGGGCGGCAGCUGAUGGGCCUGUGGGACCGCAUUUGCACCAUGCUCAACGCCAGGGAGGUGACAUGCAUGGACAUGUCUAAAAAGAUGGGUCUGAACCUGCGUCUGCUGCAUGGGCUGGCGUACGGCCACUCGUGGUACGGCCGGUGGGGUUACCGCUUCGGCAAGGGGUGUUACGGCGUGACUGAAGACGUGUACAAGCACGCACUCGCAGCAGCGGCCGCGACCCCGCUUGCAGCGAUUGGAGAACUCUACAAGGGGUUGGACCCUGACCUGGUAGCCAUUAUCGAGCAUUAUCAAUCAUGGGCCAGUGCCAAAAGUGGCAAGGUUACGGCAGGUAGAUAUGUCACCUCCCCCAGAAGCAGACAAGGAAGAGACGCCGUUAGGUCGUCUGGUAUUAGCAUCAUUCCGUCUAAACGCCUUAGAGCAGAGGGAGGUGAAGAGAAAGAUUCGUAUGGGGGAGUAAUAAGGGGAGGAAAAGGGCUAGUGAGUCGAGGAGAAGCUGGGGGAAUGAGAGGAAAAGAGGAGUCGAGUGGAGUGGAAGCACGGGGAGGAGCAGGGGGGGCAGCAGCGGGAGGGGCAGUGGGAGAAGAUGUGAAGGGUGGGGGGAGACCGAGAGGCAGAUCGCAGGUGAACGUUUUCAAGAGCGAUGAGGAAUCGUCCAGCUCAUCAGAGGAGAGUGAUGACGUGGAUGAGGCCAGUGAUGACUUGAUGAGAAAGACAGCAGCAGGAGAAGCAAUAGGAGGAGCAGUAGCAAGAAAAGCAGUGGCAGAAGCAUCAGCAGCAGCAGCGGCAGCAGCGGCGGCAGCAGGAGCAGUGGGGACGGGAAGAGCAGGUGGAGGGGCAGGGAGGGGAGGCAGAGGAAAAGGGGUGCGUGGGGGAAGAGGGCGAGGGGGGAAUGGUGAGCUCAAGGCGCUGCUGGCAGAUUCUCCAGGGGAUGCCGGUACUCCAGGUGCCCUAGGGGAUGCUGAUAGGCCGCAUGCCACAGGGGAUGCUGAUACUGAUAGGCCGCAUACCACAGGGGAUGCUGAUACUGAUAGUCCGCAUGCCACAGGGGAUUGUGAUCUGCUAGCAGGGGAAGAGGCAGCAGCGGCUGCUGUUAGUCAAAGAGGUGGGAGAGAGAAGGGAGUGUCUGGAGGCAAGGCAGGGAGGGAAUGUGCGGUGUAUGGGGCUUUGGAACACGAGGGGCAGACGGGUGGGGUUGGAAAGCGUGUGAAUUUGCGUGACUCUAAGGAGGAGGGCUGUAAUGAGGAAGUGUGUGAAGAGAGGGAUUGUGAAGGGAAGCAUUAUGAGGAGGAGAACUGUGAGGAGGACUGUAAGCAGGGGAAUUGUGAGGGGAGGGAUGGUGGGGGAAAAGGUUGUGAGGAGGCUUAUGAGAAUGAAUGUGGGGCUUAUGAUUACAGGGGUCUGUAUGCACCAGGUGGGGAGUGUGAGGAGCUCGGGUGGUAUGCAGAGCAUGCAGGUGAUGGUGCGGGGUGGUGGGGGCUGGAUGCAUGGGAGGAAGAGCUUAGGGGUGAGGUGAUGCGGUGUGGCGGGGAGUAUGGGUGUGGAUUGUUGGAGGGAGAGGUGAGGGGGGAGGAGGAAGUGAAAGGGGAGGAGGGGAAGGGGAAUGAGAGGGAGGAGAAGAGGGAGGGUGGGGAGGAUGAGGAGGAAGGGGAGGGGGUGGAAGUAGAAGAGGAGGAAGAGGAGGAGGUGAAAGAGGAGGGGAAAGAGGAGCACGUGUUGCGUGCAAUGGGGAUGGCAUUAAAGGGCUUCAAGCAGGAGGGAGAAGCAGGGGAAGCGGCGGAAGCUUCUGAAGCGGGGGAAGCAGGGGAAGCGGGGGAAGCAGAAGAAGAAGGGAAAGCAGGGGAAGCGGGGGGAGCAGAAGAAGCAGGGAAAGCAAGGGAAGCGGGGGAAGCUUUGGAUGCGGGGGAAGCGAAGUGCGUCGGGGAGCAGUGGGAGAGAAGAUGCACGGAUGGUGCAGUGGUGAGGAGAAGGUGCGACCUGAGGGCAACGGCGGGAGUUCUAGAAGAGGAGGAUAAGGAGGGGGUGGAGAUGGAGGAAGAGGGGGAGGAGAGGCUGAAGAAUGAGGAGGAAGGGGGGGAGGAGAAGGAGAAGGAGGAGAAGAAGGAGAAGGAGGGGGAGGGAGGAAAAGAGAACGAGGAUGAGGAGGAAUGGGGCUGGGAGGAGGAGGUGAUAGUGGAUAAAGGGGAAGUGGAUGAGGGCAGUGGACGGAAAGGUAGGCGAUGGGCGCUGCGGGGGGAUCCAGAUGGAGGGAAGAACGGUGCAGAUGGAGGGAAGGGCGGUGUAGAUGGAGCGAAGAGCGGUGCAGAUGGAGGGAAGGGGGGUGCAGAUGGAGGAAUAGGAGUUGCGAAUGUGGAUAAGCGGAAGUUGUUCCAAAGCAGGGAAUGUAGCUUGAAAGACAUGUUGAAGGUGUCACCUGCUGACACGGGUUCCCUGAAGAGACUGAAUGGGAAGAGUUUUCAGACAACUGAAAACUCUGGUGCAGGCAGACGGAACGGGAAGCGAAUCGCUGCUGAUUUGGGUGACAGGCAGACUGUAAAUAGAGGAACUGCUUGUCUUGGUGAAAGGGCAGACAAUGAGAGAAAGGGUUCCGAGAAAUUGAGUAGUGUACAGAAGCAGUUGAAACGGCCAGCGGAGACGGCGCAUGUGAAGAGUGCAGGGGUGAAUGGAAGGAAUGGCAGAGAGGAUAGCUGUGGUGGCGAAGGGAAGGCGAGUUGCGGUGCGAAGAGAAAAGAGGUUGCACUGAGUGAGAGGAGGGAGAACGAAUUCAUUAGGAGGAGGGAACGUGCUCUGAGUCCCUUGAGGAACAGGGAAGACUGUGAGACUGGAAAAAUCUCUUUAGCAGAGGAGAGUCUGCUGCUGCCUGUUGCUUCGAAGAAGAGACGAGGGCACGAGGAGCAGCAGCAGAAACAAUUGAAGAAGAGCAAGUCGAUGCAGGCAACACUGCAACAGGCAGGAGAGGAAGGUGGGGAAGAUAAGAGUAUCCAGGGGCAGGAGAGAGAGGAGAGAAAGCCGUGGGUUGGAUGCAGAGAUAGGAGACUGGAUGAUGCUGGCCAGGGUGGUGGGAUUGCUACUCUACCUGUGGCUGCUGCUGCCGCUGCCGCUGCUGCUGCUGCUGCUGCGGCUGGUGCUGCUGCUGUGGCUGGUGCUGCUGCUGUGGCUGGUGCUGCUGCUGUGGCUGGUGCUGCUGCUGUGGCUGGCGCUGCUGCUGCAGAUGACAAGCCGCACACACAAGCUCGGGUGCAGAAGCAGGUGUUGACAUCAGGAGCAAAAGCGGAUUGCAGUCGGAUCCCAGAAGUCAAGAAGAGCUGUAUUGGGGCGGAGGAUUGUAGUCAGAAGAGGAGUGGGCAAGGGAGUGGGAAGUGGAGUGGCAGUGGGCCACGGAAUGGAGUUCGGAGUCUGGCUGUGGAUGAGGUUGGGGAGCUUGCAGAGAGAGAGGGGGCAGGAGUGGGGAGGACGGGUGCAGGGCAGGAGAGAGAGAGGGUGAAGACCGAGGCAGUGCACUAUGGGGUGCAAGAGGACUGGGAAAGGAAGGGGGGAAUGGGAGAAGAAGGAACCAAGGAGGGGAGGGAGGAAUUGGACGGGAGGGAGGGAAGGGAGCGGAAGGGAGGGCGGGACGAGAGGCUGAGGAGACACAGGGAUGGGGUGGAGAAUGGGGAGGGGAGAAGAGAAGGCGAGGGAUGUGAGGAGCAGGAGUGCAAGAGAGUUAAGUGUGGGGAGGGUGGCGGAGUGGUUAGUGUGGCGAGAAUAGCUAGUAAGUCGACUCAAGGGUCAGCAAAGGCUGGGAUGGAGGACAGUGGAGUGGAUAAAAGGGGGGAGCUGCGUGUACAGAGGAGCGCUUUGGAUACUGUUGAGGAGGAUGCUGUGGAGGGGGAGAUUGCGGAGGAGGGUAAUGCUGUUGAGGAUAGCGUUGGUUUUCCCCAACGCAGGAGGCGAGAAGGGGAAGAUGCAGGUGAAGGUGAAGGUGCAGAAACGCAGCAGGCAGACCAUUGCCCCAUACUUUCCACUACCUUGGCCGCUGGGGGGAAUGUACAGGCAACAGCUGCAUCAACCCGCCCCAUAGGACCUCCUGCACCUCCUCCCGUUCUCCCCAAGCCCCCUGCUCUCCAGCCCAGCCUAUGCUGUGGGGGAGCCCGAGCCCAACCACCCCUGCGUUCUGUUGAUGCGUCUCAAAUGCAUGCUGCCUCUGUCUCACCUCCCUUUGAGGCGUCUCAGCAGCAUGUUGUGCCGAUGUCGACAUCAAUUGAGAUAUUUCCCAAGCUCUCUGCCCCUCUCCCGACCCCCUGGGGCCCUCAGCUCACGGGUUUUGGAGCUCAGGACGGGACAGGGGCAGGACCACGCAGGGAAGUGGGUAGUGGGGAAGGAGGGGAGGCAGGGGAGGGAAGGGAAGGAGGAGAAGGGAAGCAGUGCAGGGAUUUGAAUCACAACAAGAGCACGGGUCUCAAGGCACUUAGUAAAGCGACCCACUUCAGCAAAAUGCAGGCCUUCAAGUCUCCUUCCAGUCUCAGUCAUGUAAGAGCGGCAGUUUCUGCCCCUAUGACUGGGGAAGAAAAGGCAAGUCAACAGCAGCAGCAGCAGCAGGGUGCGGCGGCAGUGGUGGCGCUGGCAGCAACGAGCAGCCCAGUGGAGCCUCACCUGCGCUACCUCUACCGCAACCUGCUGGAAGGCACUGCCAGACGCGUCCACCCCAUGCACACUGCCAGGCCCUUUUCUCCUACUGCCAAGCAUCUGCAUCGGGGCUUCUAUUCCCCCAGUGCUUGCCAGUGGGACCCCACCACACGUGAUGGCAGCGGUGGCAGCGGUGGCAGCGGUGCUGCUGAGGGGCUGCUGGCGUUGGUGCGGGUGGUUCUGGACACAAAGCACCUGGUGAAGGGGUACUGGGGGGGAGAGGGGCGCGGAGUGGGAGAAAGAGAAGCGGAUGGGUUGAUGUGUGUGGCGUUUCGAGUGGUGGUGGAGGAGAGCGAGGAGGAGGAGAGGGAGGGGAGUGGGGAGAGGAAGGAAAGAGCUGGGAAGGAGAGAGAGGCUGCUGCAUUGAAAGUUGAAGGAGUGGAGUAUGUGGUGGUGCCCACUGAUGCUACAGUGGCUCAACUCGGCGAGGCGAUAGAGAGGAGCAUGAGGGACACCUACUGUGCCAUGUCCAGAUUCAGUGUAUCUCAGCUCCCCCUGCUCGCUCAUCUACAGUCCACUGCCUUGGUCCGGCCAAACCUCAGCCCUCGCUGCGUAGUGCUGGUCCGGGGCUCAGGCAUGGAUGCAGGCUCGGACCUGUGCUGGGAGGGAGGUUCGGAGGGGUGGGUGGUGGAGUGCAGCUGUGGCACGAGGGAUGACGACGGCGAACAGAUGGUGGCGUGUGAUAGGGCCAGCGCCGGCAGCGGCGGCGGCGACGGCGGCGGAAAAAGGGAAUUCUGGGACUCGAAUGCGGAGGGCUGGAGGCGACGACCGUCCGAUCGGAACGGCGAUGAAGCUUCUCGCGGAGGUGCGGCUGCGCCGCGGCAAUCCCAAGGUCGGGGGCGCGAAAGGGAAAGAGGGUUGUUAGGAAUGGUUGAUGGCGCAGUGGUGAGCGCACGCGGCGGAGUUGCGGAGGGAGGGAUAGGCCGGAACGCGGGUGGCGGGGAUGCUGGGGAAAGCGCCGCCGCGGAAUGGCAACAGCGUCGAUUUCCGCCGGAGGAUUCUGUACGACGUGACUAUGGCGAAGAAGGCGAUGAUUAUGAUUAUGACUAUAAUGGGCGUGAGUAUAACGCGUACAACCGUGCCAGUGGCGAGGCAGGUGAUCCAAGGAGCCGCGGGGGAAUGCAGAUGGAAGAUAGAGGCUUGGAGGGCGGUGCAGAGGAGUGGAGUAGCAGGUUGGAUGGGCGCAGUGAAGGACCCUGCUGGCCUCAAUCCCCUGGGGGGUGCCCCUCGUGCUGGUUCUCCUGCCACUGCUCUUCGACCGCCCCUUACUUCUCUCCCCCAACCCACCCGUGCACUCUGCUACCCACUAGUUCUCCCCUCCUCUCCCCUCUCCCUGUUCCCCUACUCCAGCUGCUGACGUCAAUCCCCUGGGGGGUGCCUCUCGUGCUGGUUCUCCUGCCACUGCUCUUCGAUCGCCCCUUGCUCUUCCUCUCCCUCGCGGCGCUUGUGGUUCUCACACCCACCCUCCGAAACACCCUCGGCCCGCCGUUCCUGGAGCUAGGCUCGGCGCUUCUGCAGCUCUCGGUUCGGCCGAUCGUGAACGAGAAGGAUUUGCAGGGUCGGAAAGAGAGAUGGCAGCAAACACAGGAGGAACAGCAGCAGGGGCAGUGGUCCCAGUUCCAGAACAGUAAUUCUCAAAGGAGGAAGAAACCACAGGUUUGGGAUGACACUCUGGGCCCAGGUUUGGGGAUUGGGAGUGGCUCGUCGUUAGGUUCGGGGGUUGCAUCGGAGGCAUGGGAGUGGGUUCGGUACCAGCUGGACGUUAUCCGAGGGGAGAUUGACCCUGGGAGUCCCGAGAGAGUGGGGAAGGAGAGCAGGGAAGGUGGUGGUGGGGGUAGGGGAUUCAGUAGCACAAAGGGGAAUUGGAGAGACAGAGAGCAAUGGGCAUUGCAGCAGCAGCAGCAGCAGCAGCAGCAGCAGCAGCAGCAGCAGCAGCAGCAGCAGCAGCAGCAGCAGCAGCAGCAGCAACAGCAGCAAUGGCAGGAAUGGGAAAGGCAGGGGGGAGCUGAACCAGAGGACAGGGGUUACAGAAGGAGUGGGAGCUGGCAAGGAUCAGGCGAUGGGGAAUGGCAGGAUGAGAGGAGGUGGCAGGAGGGCGAUGCCACACAGUGGGCUGGUGGGUCUGUGGUGGGAGGCGAGGAUCAGUAUGGGAGGGUGGAGGAGAAGCAAGGGUGGGAGAUGGCGUUGCAAAGAGGUGAUGGUGGGGAGGGGGAGACGAGGUGGGAAGAGGGUUGGAGUGGAAAUGAGAAAGUACCUGGCAAUCGGUUGGGUAAGGAGGGUCGGAGCAGUAAUGGCAGUGCCAGUGUGAACGGGAGGGGAAGUGAGUUGGAUUGGAAUGGAUGGGGAGAAGGAAAAGACAAGCCUAGGUGCUGCCACUGGUGCCACCUGGAAGGAAGUCAGGCGAAGACGGCAGUCCCUAUGCUGGCCAGUCCACCAGGACGCCAACUGCGGCAACUCUCUGCUGCUCUCCCUCUGACCUGCCCGUGGAGGUCAGCGUCUCGACCCCUCCGACCUGUCUCCCACUCCGACGCCAACUGCGGCAACACGCUGCUGCUCUCCCUCGACCUGCUCGUGCAGGACGGCCUCCUGAAGCCCGAGGACCUCCCUCCCACGCGCCCGGUAGAGAGAGUGGACUACAAGCAAGUGAUCAGAGACAAGGACCCCGCUGUUGCCAAGGCGGCCAAGGCACUGGUGAGGAGCAAGGGAGAGCUCAAGGCGGAGUUUGACGCCUUCAGGCAAUCCCCCACCAUCUCCGCAUGGUUGGAGGAAGCAGCUCUAUUCAGCGCUAUCGACGAAGAGCAGGGGGUGGAGUUCUGGUGGCUGUGGCCCAAGGAGCUCAAGGACAGAGAGCCCAACGCCUUGGCUGCUGCAAGGGAGAGACACAGGGAAUACAUUGACGAGUUUGCGGCGCAGCAGUUUCUGUUCCAGAGGCAGUGGCAGGCGCUGCACCGCUAUGCCAACAGCAAGGGAAUCAGCAUCAUGGGCGAUAUGCCCAUCUACGUGGGGGGGCACAGCGCUGACGUGUGGGCGAACCCGGAGCAAUUCAUGCUGGACCCCGAGACCCGCGAGCCCACGUUCGUGAGUGGCGUGCCGCCCGAUGCCUUCAGCGCCACGGGGCAGCUGUGGGGCAGCUGUGGGGAAGGUGAGGAGGGGACGGGCAAGGAGAGGCCGGUGAGGGGCAGCUGUGGUGAAGGUGAGGGGCGGCUGUGGGGCAGCCCGCUGUACAACUGGCCAGCCAUGGCCAAGGAUGGGUACUCGUGGUGGGCGAAGCGCAUGAGGAGGGCGUUUGACCUGUAUGAUGAGUUCCGCAUUGACCACUUUCGGGGGCUUGCGGGCUACUGGAGCAUCCCUGCUGAUUCAGAAACUGCCAUGAACGGCCGCUGGAUGAUGGGGCCGCGCAAGGAGUUCUUUGAGGCCAUUCGGAAGGCGGUGGACAAGCCGAUUGACAUCGUGGCAGAGGAUCUGGAGUUCUUUGAGGCGAUUCGGAAGGCGGUGGACAAGCCGAUUGACAUCGUGGCAGAGGAUCUGGGUGUGAUUACAGUGGACGUGGUUGAUCUUCGCCGUGAAAUCGGCGCUCCUGGCAUGGCAGUGCUGCAGUUCGCGUUUGGCAGUGACGCCAAGAACCCUCACCUGCCGCACAACCACGAGCAGAACCAAGUGGUGUAUCCUGGGACUCACGACAACGACACGGUCGUUGGUUGGUGGGAGAAAAUUCCUGAGUGGGAGAAAAAUAAUGUGCGUGUGCUGCUGGGUCUGUCGCCCCAGGAGGAGGAGGAGAUUCAGUGGGCGAUCAUCCGGGCGGCGGUGUCAUCUGUAGCGCGCACCACUGUGAUUGCGCUGCAGGACGUGAUGGGGCUCGACAACAGCGCUCGCAUGAACGUGCCCGCCGUGCAGGCGGGCCAGUGGGGGUGGAGGGCGGGCGAGUCAGACUUGUUUGACUCGCUGGACGGGGAGGCAGCGCGGCUGAGAAUGCUGCUCGCGGGCCAGUGGGGGUGGAGGGCGGGGGAGGAGGGGCUGUUUGAGGGGCUUGGGGAGCAGGCGAGAAGGCUGAGAGCCAUGCUGGAGGGUUUCAAUCGGGCAGCACCUAGCCGAGUAGAUUCUGCAGGGGUGGUGGAAGAGGAGGGGGCAGGUGGGGCGGCAGAAGAGGUGGAUGGGGUGGAGGAAGCGCCAGUGGUGGUGUAA